AUGGCUGAUGUUAAAAAAGAGUGGUUAAAAGCCGAAAUCGAGGAAUUAAUUAUUAUGUACCAGGGCAAACCGGUAUUGUGGGAUGUUACAAGCAACAUUUAUAAAAACAGGGUGAAGAAACAAGAUGCCUACCAGGAAAUGGCAGAAGAAUUUAAUACGACAAUAGAAGAGAUUCAAAGGAAAAUUCACAACUUGCGAAACCAAUUUAACAGUGAAUUUAAAAAAAGCAAAAAAAAAAACAAUCCGGCCAGGGACGCAACCGAAAACAACACGCCAUCUGACAACCAAGGUAUAAUAACAUUGGAACAGUCUGCCGAAGAAAAUCGAUCUGACGCCACACCUAAGUCGCAAAAUAAUGAGCCUAAUCCCAGGAAGAAGAGAAAAAUUGAAGUUUGUGAUAAAAAUAAAUUAAUCAUGCAAAAAGCUAUACACGCAUUGUACGAAGAAGACGAUGUCUAUGAUGUUUUUGGCAAAUAUGUUGCAUCCGAAAUGAGAAGUCUCUCUUCUGAAUAUUUACGUAAAAAAAUGAAAAGACAAUUUCAGGAAGUUAUACUGCGCAUAAAUGAAGAAGAUGAGCUACUAUCAAGCCCCACAUCUCAUCACAGCUAUAGCAAUCCAUAUUCAGUUGCUUCGGUUCGUGGAUAUGUGGGGUCUCCAGAACAUUCUGCACACUAUACAACUUUAUUACAAUCAUCAGACACCUUAGCACAGGGGUCGGUAACCUUAUCCAGCAUUGGCCGAGGUACUGGACAAGAUUUGGUAUUGUUCGCGUGGCCUCCCAGGUCUCCCGACCUUACACCAUGCGAUUUUUACCUGUGGGGUGACAUUAAAGAUAUGGUUUACAUACCACCUCUGCCACCAACAUUGGGUCAACUCCGGGACCGCAUUACUACUGUUAUUAACAAUAUCAAUCGAUACAAAUUGCAGCGUGUAUGGGCCGAACUGGACUAUCGUUUGGACAUAUGUCGUGUGACAUAA